AUGGUGAAUUAUCAGUUUCUUUUAAUUUUAUUCUUACAAUAUGAUUUGACCAAACAAAGAAAUCUUUCACCAGAAAUAGGUGGAAGUUGGGAACCUGUAGUACCGGAACGUGGUGGUGGUGCUGAUGGGAAGAUUUUAGGUAUGCAGACAGUUCAUACAAUACUUCUACCGUCAGGAAAAGUUUUACUGGUUAGUGGUAGUAGUUGGCGUAAUUUGGCUUCCGCACAAUAUUAUCCAUUAUUUGAAGAUCCAAAGCCUGGUCCUGGCCUAUGGAAUCAAGAUGAAGAUCCAUUUGAGAAAAGUAAGCUCAACAGUUAUUAUGAACUGAUCAAUAAUGCUGCCAUAUAUGAUCCACAAGCCAAUACAUUCUAUCGUAUACCUCAUCCAAUACCUGUCGAUGAUCCUGACUCAUCUGAUAAAAAUCAUUUCGCUCCCAAUGACCUUUUUUGCACAGGACAUCAGCAUUUACCAAAUGGAAACGUACUGUUUGUCGGUGGUACGCAAUAUUAUUAUCCAUUCGAUACAGGUCAUCGUUCUACUUUUAUAUUUGAUUGGCAAAAAGAAUUAAAUAUUUCAUGGAAUUAUGUCGAUUGGCGGCAGAUACCCGAAAAUAACAAUAAUCCAUGGUCAUUUGCCGGCUUUAUGAAACGAGGACGGUGGUACGCUAGUAUUUUACCACUGUUAGAUGGUCGAAUGAUGGUCUUUGGUGGUUUUGUUGGCUUUGAUGUGGGAUUUCCAGAUAUGUACGCAUUCGAAAUGAACACUUUUGUAGAAUUCUUCGAUCCGAAAACAUCAAAGUGGUCUGCAGUCGAUGUUAAAUCCUUACCAAACGGACCCUUUACGACACUUAUUAAUCCUACGUUUAAACCUACGAAAGGAUGGAAAUGUGAUGAUCGAUGUAUCGAAGAUAAUAAAUAUGAUGCAUUUAAAUUAUAUCCACAAAAUUACUUAUUUCCAGAUGGACGCAUCUUUUUGACACGUGAAGGUGACUUUACAAGCGCAAGGACAAUGGAUGGUGCCUUUAUUCGCAAUACAACUCAUACUUAUUGGAUUGGAUUGCAAGAAAAAGAAGAUAUUUCAUUUUCACGUGGACCAGAUCGUCUUACCAAUGUUACUUCUUACGGCACAACCUGUCUUGAUCCUAAUACUGGUCUUAUUGACUUGUUCGGAGGUCAACUUUCAUGCUCCGGAGUAAAACUAUACAAUGAUUCUCGUCCUGAUAAUUAUUUCGGUGGUUGUCGUGGAAGUCGUAAACUUGAACAGUUUAUUUACUCAAAAUAUGAACCUAACGGUGGUCAUUGGACUUUAGAUGAUAACUUUCUUAGUACGAAUAUAGAAGAUGAUCGUUCAAAUCAUUAUGCUCUUAUUCUUCCUACUUCUCAACUUCUCAUCAUGGGUGGUAGCAAUUAUGACUUCUUUGGUUCUACUCGUUAUCCAUUAUUACUUACUCCGUACUUCGAUGAAGAAACAAAUCAAUUUCUUGGCUAUCAAAAAGAACGUAUGAACGAACAUCUGGAAGCUCGUCUUUAUCAUACUGCUGCCCUACUACUACCUGAUGGUCGAAUAUGGUUAUCAGGUGGAAAUACUGGUCGAGCAGCGAUACAUAAACGAACAAAGCCAUUUUCAUCAUUUAAUACUUCUAGUGGAACACAACCAUUGCCUGAUUUAAGUCUCAUCGAUCUUGAUUACUAUUUUACAACAGACGAUCUCAUUUUAGGACGAGCUUCAAGAGCAUCAUCCAUUCCGCCGACAGAAAUGUGGAUAGCUGAAAUAUUUAGUCCACCUUAUUUGUUUAUUGAUGGUAAACGUCGUGCUGAAAUUCUGUCACUUUCUACAUUGAAACCGAAUGAUUCAUUUCGAAAAAUUAUUGGAAAUCAAGUCUUCUAUUUACUUCGUAGUAAUCAAUAUUAUAUUGUAGAAUUAUCCAACUUACCACAACAUUGUUCUGGUAAACGCAAUGCUACUCUUGUUUUGAUUAAGAUGCCAUGGGCUACUCAUGGGUGGGACGGUGGACAACGUUUAUUCAAUUUAGAAUAUAUUCAAUUGGGUGUUAAAGAACAAAUCUUAUUCUUUAUGACCGAUGCACGCACAGCAAAUUUGCCUCCUGCUUACUAUAUGCUGUUUUACGUGGAUUGCAUGGGAAAACCGUCAAAAGCUCAAAUGAUUAGAUUCGAUGAUAGUGCACAAGAACUUUAA